AUGUCGGGGAGCGCGGGUUUCGAUCGACACAUCACCAUCUUCUCUGACCAAGGACGUCUCUACCAAGUCGAAUAUGCAUUCAAGGCCAUUACCGCUGCAAACAUCACAUCCGUGGGCGUUCGAGGCAAGAGCUGUGCAGUCGUCAUAUCGCAGAAGAAGGUCCCUGACAAGCUCAUCGACCCUUCAUCCGUCUCAUACGUCUACCGGCUCUCACCAUCUGUCGGCUGCGUCAUGACUGGAUCAAUAGCAGACGCAAGAGCAUCGGUCAAUCGCGCGCGCGGAGAGGCUGCUGAGUUCCGGUACAAGAACGGCUACGAGAUGCCAUGCGACGUCCUGGCCAAGCGGUUGGCCAACAUCUCACAGGUGUACACACAGCGGGCAUACAUGCGCCCACUGGGUGUCGCGACCACCCUCAUCUCAGUAGACUCCGAGUUUGGCCCGCAGCUCUACAAGUGCGAUCCAGCCGGCUACUAUGUCGGUUACAAGGCCACUGCGUCGGGUCCAAAGGCACAGGAGGCGCUAAACUUCCUCGAGAAGAAGCUCAAGAACAAGGACAACGCGGACGGCAGUUGGGAUGAGGUUGUCGAGCUGGCCAUCACCACUUUGAGCACGGUCCUCAGUGUGGAUUUCAAGAAGGGCGAAUUGGAGAUUGGUAUCGUGGGCGGCCCUCGAACGGAUGGAAAGGAGGGCACCGAUCCCAGCUUCCGGUCCCUGACUGAAGACGAAAUCGACGAGCGUCUGCAAUCGAUUGCUGAAAAGGAUUAA